UCCAUUUGUACAGCAUUUUAAACAAUAGACAUUGCCUCAGAUGAGCUUUACAGAAGUUUCAAAUUUUCAUUUAUAUUUAUCCUCAGUGAGUAAGCCAGAGGUAAAGCUGGCAAGGAAAAACUCCCUUAGACAAGAUGAGGAACAAGCCUCAAGAGGAACCAGACUGAGAAGGGAAGCCAUCCUCAUCUUGGUGACACCAGAGAGUCAUGCCCCUGUGCCCAAAGCAAGCUCCAUGAAGUUUGUCAAGGAUUGAGUGGAAGAUCUUGAGUGUCCUGCACAGAGCCCUGAACUCUGGAACUGGUCUCCUUACCUGAAGAUGUGACAGCUGUCCAAUUUAUAGCUGCCAGGAUGUGAGCAUUACUUCAUAGAAACGGCAUUUCCAACAGACACCACCAGCAAUAAGUGAUAUUUUCUCAUAAGUUUCUGUUUUACGAGCAAGUAUGUAUAUGUUUUGUAAUGGGUGACCUUUAAAAAAAAAAGUGGUGGGGAUGGAAAGGACAUUUUGUUCAUUUUCUCUGCACCUGAGAUGUUUGUGUUAACGUUUCUCUGAAACAGAUUACUGACUUUGAUUACAGGAGCCUUUGGCACUACUGAGGCUUUAACGAAAGAAGCAUAGAUAAGAUGUGCUUUAAGAAUUAUUAUGCUGCUACACACAGGACAUAAUGUUAUAAAUAAAGCUGGGAAUGUUAUCAGAGUUGUUGUCACAGCAAAUCAUCCCAUCCACAUAUUUGAUUUUGGCACAGGUUUUACGCCGGAUGUUUUUCCUGAUGCGACCCUUUCAUUUUAUCCAGCUCGGGACUGGCACUGAGAGUUAAUCCCCCAGUGUCUGGGAUGGUUCCCUGCCUGGAACUGUUGGGGAUGUUAUUGGAGUAUGGGGCUGAAUUUGUAACCAACGUCAGGUCCUGUUUUAACUGGAACCAGAUAAGUAGAAGAAAAAAACAUAGAUAAGUUACACUAUGAGUGUCAUGUUGAAAAAAGAAAAAACAGAUCUAUUCUUAAAUAGAUAAAAGAAUAAAUGGAUGUGUCAUUUUGGUGUCAUCCCUCUAUACUUUGGCUCAUGCAUGGCUGUCUGUAAGAGGAGGGCCUGCGCAGGGGCCCAGGAUUUGUAAGCAUCAAAAAUCCUUGUGAUAAAAUUGUCAUUUAAAGAAAAGAAAAAAAUCAGGGUUACUAAUAAGAGUUAAAAAGCUUCCAUUUGAUUAGCAUCAAGGUCAGUGGAAAACCCCACAGAUUAAGAGAGAACAAGAGUGUGUGUGUGUGUGUGUGUCUAAACAUGUUAAAGGGAAGUGAUUAAUAUCAUAUCUCCUAAGAAUUGUUGUGUGUGAGACUGGGACUGUGCUACAUUUCAAAGGUUUUUUAUAUAUAUAGUCUAGUUAUCUUUCCUAGUAGUGCCUCUUCUAUAAAAAUGCAUAUAAUAGUAAUUUAAAGGGGAAUAAACAUUCUUUAUACAUUUUGUAACCUCAUUUGUAAUUUCCUCUUUCACUGUGGUUUUUGAUUUCAUUUCCUAGGUACAAUGAAACCAUGUUUCCAUUUUAAUAGCACCAAGGAACAAAAAAAGCCUAGACCACAUGAAACAACUCAAUUUAGACAGAAUACCUGAUGCAGUGUUGAAGUUUCGUACAACACAAAUCGUAACAUAACCCAAUUCAGCUAGGACAGCACCAUUUUGAAUGCACAUCCUCUGUUUUUGAAGACGGUGGUCUUACAUGUGUGAAAAUGUGUCCAUAUGCUUGCUUUUACUGAUAAAACCACACAUCACCAUCAACAGCAUAGACAGUGCUGACAUGUGAAAGUGAAGAGCCACAGCACUAACUAAACCACAGGCUAAGAGCAUAAAGAUCACACUUAUCUAGCUUGGUCUGGUCUGAGUACGGAAAUGGUGUGACUACAAACACUGAACACAUUUUCUAUACCACCUACACACCUAUUCACAUAUCAGAUGAUUAGAAAUAGGUUAUAAAUAUUUAUCUUGAGUUAAGCUGCCAUUGAUUUCAGCAUGGAGAAAGGCUUUAAUAAAAUCCUGACAGUGAAAAACUGGUCCUCAUACAUACUCAUGACUAACUGUAUUAAAAAUAGGAGUUUUGGUAGUGUUUGUCUUUAUGCAUUUUUUCUGUACUGAUUAGCACUGCAUUGUUGUGAUAGGCCAAAGAAGAAUGUCUUAGUGUCCAUGUCAAAAAAAAACAAAAAAACAUCUCAUGACUCCUCCUAGUAUCACAAUGACAGAUCUUCACUGUUUCGCUCAGUCCCUCACCACAGUGUCCUGCUUUAGGUUUCUGCCAGCUACAAAAAACUCCGUGGGCUUCUGUACACGAGAGUCCCCUCUAAACUGAGAAGAAAUAUUUUUUUUAUUUUAGGAGAUAGGAAGAUAAAUAAUCAAACUAUUACUGUUUUUUUUUUUUUUAUUGUUUUUUUUCCCCCAAAAAGUGCAGGGAUCAUGGGCUGGACUCUGCACUUGGUGGCUCUUCUCAGUGGACUCUUCGGUUAUGUAGCAGCAUCUCAAGACUGUGGCACAUGCUAUCAGCUAAACAUGGAGGUUAUUAUUGGUAUCAUUACUUGUGAUAUAAUUCUCACACUUCUUAUUAUCAUCUCAGUCUAUUGUUUUGCAUCAUGGGAAAAACGGAAGAACAGCUUGCAUACACGUAAUAACUCCAGUGAGACAGAGAAAGGAAAAUUUCGCCAGUCAUCAAGCAGACCAAAGGAGGUGGAAAUUACAGAGUCACCUUAUCAGGAGCUAUAUGGAGUACAGUCAGAUAUAUACAGUGAUCUUCACCAGUAUCGGAAAUAAUUCUUCUACAGAUGAAACAAUCUGUUACUUAACAGCAACAGUUGAUAAACUCACAAGGUCCAGAAUGCAAUUUUAGAAAUUUCUGGCCUCUCUAUAUGGCUGUAACUUUGAAUCUUUGACUUUUGAAGCAUAAAAUGUUUUGUCACUGUGUCUGAAACAGCAGGUGUAAUUGAGCCAGAAAGCCUGGAGCCCAAGAAGCAUAAAUAUGUAUAAUAUAGACUUGGCUUUUUUAAAUAUUAAUUAUCCUUAUGUUCAUCUUUCCUUAACCUUUGUGUAUCAUGUCAUAAAAUAUGUUUUGAAUGUUAA